CCCUUAUCCGAUUCAUCAUAUUACGUGUAUAACCAUGGUUGGAGAACAAGAUCACACUCUCAUCCUUACUAUAUUGCACCAUUCAAUAUUCACCACAAGAUGUUCCACGUUUGCAUGCACAUGAGCUUGGAAGUAGUGGCUUAAACUUCUUCAUAUCUUCCUCCCUUUGGCUUAUUAGUUACUACAAUAUCUAUCAUUCAUUCUUAACCAAUUCUUGAAGAACAAAAACACUCUAUUGUUGUAGUAGUAGAGGUAACAAAGAAGGAAACAACAUGGCUACACAAGCUCUAGUGUCGUCAUCAUCUCUUACCUUUGCAGCUGAAGCUGUGAGACAGAGUUUUGGAGCAAGAUCACUCCCUUCUUCAAUUGGGUCUUCUAGAAAAGGUUCCUUUGUUGUCAAGGCAACUGCUACUCCUCCUGUCAAGCAAGGUGGAGCAAAUAGGCCUUUGUGGUUUGCAUCAAAGCAAAGUCUUUCUUACUUGGACGGCAGCCUUCCAGGUGACUAUGGAUUUGAUCCUCUAGGACUUUCAGAUCCAGAAGGAACAGGAGGUUUCAUUGAGCCAAGAUGGCUAGCAUACGGCGAGAUAAUCAAUGGUCGCUACGCAAUGUUGGGAGCAGUAGGAGCAAUAGCACCUGAAAUCCUCGGCAAAGCCGGUUUAAUUCCACAAGAAACCGCUCUCGCUUGGUUCCAAACCGGUGUUAUUCCACCAGCAGGAACAUACAACUACUGGGCAGACAAUUACACACUCUUUGUCUUAGAACUGGCACUUAUGGGAUUUGCAGAACAUAGAAGAUUCCAAGAUUGGUAUAACCCUGGUUCCAUGGGAAAACAAUACUUCUUAGGACUUGAAAAAGGUCUUGGUGGUUCUGGUGAACCAGCUUACCCUGGUGGACCUUUCUUUAACCCUCUUGGUUUUGGUAAAGAUGAGAAAUCAUUGAAAGAGUUAAAGCUGAAAGAAGUUAAGAAUGGAAGGUUAGCUAUGUUGGCAAUAUUGGGUUACUUUGUUCAAGGUCUUGUUACAGGUGUUGGACCAUAUCAAAACCUUUUAGAUCAUUUGGCUGAUCCUGUCAACAACAACAUCUUGACCAGUCUCAAGUUCCACUAAAUCAUCAAUGUAUUAUAUUAUAUUAUAUAUUCUUUUCUUUGCUCUUUUUUGGUUGUUGUAAGCUAUUAUUAUUAUUAUCAAAAAACUCAACCAUCUUUUAGUUCA